CCUCGUGUGCGUGUGCGUGUACAUGACGUGUCUGCUCGUGUGUGUGCGCGCGCGUGUGCUCACUAACACACGCACGAGCGCGGGCGAUCGGGUGAAUAGAUAGCGCACGACGAUAAAUGUCUGCGCGAUAAUAGACGUUUCUAAUUGUCGUCAUCUACCGUCGUCGUGUCGUUCGCCUCGUAAACCGUAAUUUCCGUCUCGUCGAACCCGGGAUUUACCGCGUACUCGCCGACACCACCGCGGACCCGAUUCCAAACAGUGAACCCGUAAAAAACCCUCGUCGCCCCGCAACCGCUGCCGCGUCGCAGGUGUUCGCGUACUUCGAAAAUACGUUUCGACCAAAUAUUUUUGGUUUUUUUUUUUUUCCCCCUCGUCAGCGCCAUGAAACCGACGUUGGUCAGUCUUGCGAAAUACGGCUCGUGAGUGGACGGCUUUGACAGGUUUUCCGUUUACCAAGAUAACCAUGGAUCACAGAUUCAACUAUUUCCAUCAGAACCCCAAUUCUCUAUCAAACGGAGUUUCUCCGUUUAAUCAACCAUCCGUUGACGGAACCCAGUUGACUGAUAAUUACUCUGGAAGUAUAUCAUCUCAUGAUCAAUCUCCAUUUAACGAAAGAAGAAAUUCUAAUUCUAAUACAGUUCCAUCAAUGAAUUAUCAUUUAUAUCAAAUGAAUUCUAAUGAACCACCACAUUUGUCUGGACCACCUAGAACUGUUUCUAAAGAGAUUUAUGAAAAUUCUAAUUCUUCAAUUCCGGAUGUCAUAAGACUUGCUCAAUCUAAUACUGAAAAUUAUCCAAUAAAUCCAGACUUUCAGUUGCAACCCCAUCUUACUGGUUUAUUACCACAACAAUCGAAAAAAGUUUCAGAUCUCCCGCAAGUAGAUAAAUACAAUACUAGUAAAGGAUCUAUAUCAGCAAAUAUGAAUCCUAAUUAUUUUUCUUCAAACAAAUCUUAUCCUGAACCCAAAAUCAUUGAAUAUGAUAUGGAAGAAACAUCUACUGAGAGUUCACCACGACAUACUUCUUCUUUGUAUUCUGAAAGUACUACUGAUCAAGAUUCUGAAAGCAUACACCCAAGUAAUGUAUUUUCAAAACAUGUGUUGAGUAAAAACAUUGAGUGUCAUGUAACUAAAGAAUCAAAAACAGUUAUGUCUUCAAAUCAAGAGUUCCCAGUACCUAGCCAGUUUGCUGAUUUAAGUCUUAAUAAAGAUGAAGUUGUUGAUGAUCAUCAACAUUCAAUUUUACAUAGUGCUUAUAAUCAAGAUGAUGAUAUUGAAGACAUUCCCUUAUCUGAUAAUACUAAUCAAGAUGAAAAAGAACAUACCUUAGAAAAUCACGAAAACCUCAAAUUUCAAUUGAAUGAACAAGUUUUCGACACAUCGAGAGUUCAAAUGUAUGAUUAUCAUGCUAAUAAAAAAUACUUAAACUCGACUGAAUUUAAUAAUGAAAAUAAUCAAGUCCAGACUCCCAGUUUUAAUAGCAAUGCUAAUUCUUUUAAAGAAUUCUAUUUAAAUAAUUCAAAUACUUUAACCCAAUCUAAUUUACCUCCUUGUUCAAUUUCACAACCUCUUAAAAGUUUGCCGGUAUUACCAUAUGACAAUACUAUACCAAGUCAACAAAAAUCGGCAUCUAUUCAAAAUUUUAAUGCGGAUUUACAACCAACAAAUUAUAGUCAACAAAAUAAACAUGUUCAACCAGUAUAUCAAAAUUUCAAUGUUUCACUUACCAAUUCUAACUCACAACCUAGUGCUAUUAAUAGUAAUACAAAAGAUGAAAAAGCUUGCAAUCAGUCCACAUCAUCAGAUCAAAUAUUAAAUGAUCAGGAUAGUUGUAAAUCUAUGCAAUCUACUAUAAAUAAUUUGCAUUAUCCACAAAAUGUACAAAUUAUUGAAUCAAUUAGCCAGCAAUCUAUGUAUAAUACUUCAAAAUCAUCUGCCUCUGAAGAGUUGAAUGAUAGUAAACUUAUAACUAAUCAACAGUUUUCAACUUAUAAUCCAUCAUUGACGUCAACUCAGUCUGUAGGUCUCAUGACUUCAUCUGACAUAGCAACUCCUACUGAAAUAAGUUUGUCUUCUAUACCUAAAAAAGAAGAAAUUCCGACAUCUGAUGAACAGAAUAAAUGUCUGUUCAAUUCAUCUAAUGCUGUUAUUAACAAUUCAACCAGUUCAGAUAAUCAGGACUCAAAAAAUAUGGUGCAAUCAGAGUUAGAUGAUAAAACUUUGCAAUCUUCAAGUAAUGAGGUAUUUGAAAAUCAACAAGCUGAUGUUAAGUCCCAGGUUCCAACACCAAUAGAAAAUUGUACUCAAUCAAAUAAUUAUUUUAACUCUACUGAUACUAUGUUUGAACAAAGUUCAAAUUAUCAGCAAUCAUCACAAAAUCGAUUUAUAUCUCAAAAAUCUACCUUUGAUGAUAAUACAAAGUCACCAUUAGAUUUGGUAUCCCAAACAGUAAACAACCAAAAUGCAACUGUACAACAAUCUAAACCAAAGACUGGUCAUAAUACAAGUCAUUAUUUUGAUUCUAUCAGUGCAAAUAAUAAAUAUGUGUUCAAUCCACAGUCUCAUAGCCAACAAGAAAAUAUCAAUACACAUAAUAUAAAACCUGUUAUUUCAAGUUUUUCAUCAUCAUCCAAAACUAAUGAUUUUGUGGAAGUUUCUAGUUCACAAAAUAAUGCAGCAAAUUUUUUAUCUUUAAAUCAACAACCAUCAUCAAUAGAAAAUAAAUUUGAAAUAGCUGAUAGUCUAAAAUUAGAUUCCAAUGUAUCACUAAAAGAAACAAUUGAAUUAAACUCGACAAAGUCUAUUCCGCUCCAAUCUAAUAAUUCACAUGUUAAUUCAUUUAAAAGUAAUGAUAAUAUUAUACCUAAUGAUCAAUUUUCUAAUUUAACAAUUGAAAAUCAACAAGGUCAACCUGUUAAUCAACCAACUAACCAGAUUCAGUUAACAUCGACUUCAUAUUUUUCUAAACAGACAUCAUUUAACAAAAGAGAAGAUGUUGGUGAACUUUCAAAUUUUUCUUCUUCAAUUAAUGAUAUUAGUAAUUCAUCAUCAAAAUUAUCAGAAGUCAAAAACAUACCUCAAUCACCAUUAAAUAAUUCAUCUGAACUUGAUGUUAAGACAACUGUUCAACCAAUAGCUAACCCAUUGCCUCCUCAAGAAUUUAAUAAUACAUUUACGGAAAAUGUUAUUUCAUCAGCUACUAACCAGUUUUCACCUCAAAUAUUCAGUAAUAAACCUAAAUUAGAUGCUGCAUUACCUACCAAGGUAAUAUCAAAUCCAUAUUCAACACAAUCAGUUAACAAUCAACAACAGUCUGAUACUAUUUCUUCUCUCCAACCAAUAUCAAAUCCAUAUUCAACACAACCGAUUACUAAUCAACCAACACCAAUUGUGGUUCCUACUGUGUCAUCGCCUGUUACCCAGUUUUCACCUCAAAUGGUCAGUAGUCAAUCUAAGUCAGAGAAUGUAUCGGCCCUUCAAUCAUCAACUAACAUGUUUUCUACUCAACCCAUUAAUAAUCAGCAGAUCCCUAAUGCAGUUCCACCUGUUACUCAAUUUCUUCCUCAAACAUACAAUGAUCAACCAAAGCCAGUUGUUAUGCCAUCAUCUUUGCAAAAUACUUCAAAUCAUUACUUUUCUGUUAAUAAUCAACCAACUUUACAGUGUACAUCAUCAGCCAUCAACCAGUUUCCACCACAAAAAUUUAAUGAUCAAGCUAAAUUAGGUAUUACAGCAUAUCCUCAACCAGCUUCAAGUCAAUAUUCAACACAAUUAUUCAGUAAUCCACCAAGUAUAAACUCUGUUUCACCAAAGUUGUUAACAGGCAAUCAGUUACCUCCACAAAUGUUCAGUAAUCAAUCCAAACCAGACAUUAGCCCCCUUCAAACAACAAACAAAUAUUCAUCACAACCGUUCAAUAAUCAAUUAAGAUCUAAUAUGGUUCCACCAAUUCCUACAACAGUAAAUCAGUUACCUCCUCAAAUGUUAAAUAAUCAACCAAAAUCUCAAGUUAUUCCUUCUCUUCAGUCAAGUCAACCAAGGAUGAGUAUGAUUACAUCGGCUUCAUCAACACCAAAUCAGUUUCCCCAACAAAUGAUCAGUAAUCAACCUGGAUUAGACACGGGUCUAUUGAAUAAAACUACUAAUCGUUAUCCAUCACAAUCAUUAAAUAAACAACCCAUACUAGGUGUUCAGCCUAUUCAACAAUCAAUUACUCAAUAUCCACCUCAACCAUUUAAUAAUCAAUCUAAAGGAAAUAUAUUUCCACCUUAUCAAACGAUUACUAAUCAAUAUCCAUCACAACCGUUUCCAAGUAAUCAGAUGUAUACCAACACAAAUUCAGCUCAACCAGCAAAUAGUCAAUGGCCACCACAUCCGAAUAUAAAUCAAUCAAGUCUACAGUUAACUACACCAAUUUCACAUCAAACUAAUUCAAUGCUUUCACAGCCGCCUAUGAACCUAUCUUCUAACUUACCUUCUAUACCUCCUAGUAUAAAUCAACAAUCUCAAAAGCUUGGCUCCCAAGUAUAUCCUAGUAAUUUACCUUCUAAUAAUUACUACAACCAAAGUCAGGGGAAUAUAAAUGUUCAACAAUCUCAGCCACCAACAUUAUUACAAGGUCAAAAUGUACAAUUACCAUCUAAAGGAUAUCCACUUCAAAGUAAUAUGGGUUUAUCCAGCCAAAUAAAUUACCAGCAACCAAACACUAAUCUUGGACAACAAGGAUUUCUUAAUCAACAACAAGACCCAUAUAAAACAGAACAGAAUUCUACAACUGUACAACAAGGUUUUGCAAAGACAUGGGGUUACGAUAAUCUGGAUUUAUUAAAAUCAAGAGAUGUACUACCAGGUGAUGGUGUUCAACCACCAGAGAUUAAACUUCCUCAAGGAUAUGCUAAUUGUGAUAACUGUUCUCAGGAUAUAUUUCGUUGUACAAUGAACAAGUUUCCAUCUUCUAAAACUUUGCUAGAUAAGAGUAGAUUACCAUUAGGAAUAUUAAUACAUCCUUAUAAAGAUCUAUCACGUUUAACUGUAAUUCAAUGUGAAACUAUUACAAGAUGUCGAAACUGUCGCUCGUAUAUAAAUCCAUUUGUUCAAUUUAUUGAUAAUGCACAUUGGAAGUGUAACUUAUGCUACAGAGUCAAUGAAUUACCAGCAGAGUUUCAAAUUGAUCCAUAUACUAAGACACUUGGUGACCCAUCAAGAAGGCCAGAAAUACAAAAUGCUACUAUUGAGUACAUUGCUUCACAAGAUUAUAUGGUUAGACCACCACAACCAGCUUUAUAUCUUUUCCUUUUGGAUGUAUCUCGUACAGCAACUUUAACCGGUUACUUAGAAAUUGUCUGUGAUAGAAUUUUGAAUAAAAUUAUGUCAAAUGAUAUACCUGGUGAUUCACGUACUAAUAUUGGUUUCAUCACUUAUGAUUCCUCAGUUCACUUCUAUCAAAUCUCAAAUAGUGAUGGAGGACAACCAAAACAACUUAUUGUUAGCGAUAUAACUGAUAUAUUUUUACCUUUACCUGAAGGCCUUAUGGUAAAUUUAGAAGAAAAUAAGUCUGCCAUAAAAGAUCUAUUGACUAGUUUGCCUAGCCUUUAUAAAGAGUCUUACAAUACUGGUUGUGCCUUAGGCGCUGCUCUCCAAGCAGCUUUUAAAUUACUAGCACCACGAGGAGGUCGAGUUACUGUAUUUCAAGCAUGUUUACCAAACUGUGGGCCUGGUAACUUACAACCUAGAGAUGAUGGGAAACCUCAUACUGGUGAUCGUGUUGUUCAUAUGGACCCAUCUACUGAUUUUUACAAGAAACUGGCUCUUGAAUGUAGUGCAGAGCAAAUUGCUGUUGAUAUGUUUUUUGUAUCCUCACAAUAUUUAGAUAUUGCUACCAUUUCGGGAAUAUCAAAAUACUCUGCUGGAUGUAUACAUAAUUUCUCUCAGUUUGAUGUUAAGUCUCCAACUCUAGUAACAAGGUUCAUAAACUGUUUUGAUCGAUACUUGUCUCGUAAAAUUGGUUUUGAAGCUCUCUUAAGAUUACGUUGUACACGUGGUGUGGCAAUACACUCUUUUCAUGGAAAUUUCUUUGUUCGCUCAUCUGAUUUGCUUAUGUUACCUAAUGUUAAUCCUGAUAAUGCAUAUGGAAUGCAGUUAUCUAUUGAAGAAAAUUUAGAUGGAGUUCAUGUUGUUUGCUUCCAAGCAGCAUUACUUUAUACUUCCAGCAAUGCUGAACGACGUAUUAGAGUGCACACACUAUGCAUUCCAGUUACUGAUAAUUUAAAUGAUGUUUUUCAUAAUGCUGAUCAGCAAGCAAUUACAUGUUUAAUAGCAAAAAUGGCUGUUGAUCGAAGUACUGAAAAAUCAUUAUCUGAUGCGCGUGAAGCAUUUUUCAAUGCUAUCUCAGAUUCUCUAUCUGCAUUUAAACUUGGCUGCUCAUCUUACAGUGGUCCUGGAACUAUGUUAUCACCUUUGUCACUAAGAGUAUUCCCAUUGUAUAUUUUAGCUACAUUGAAACAUGCUGCAUUUAGAACUAAUCAACCUACUCGACUGGAUGAACGGAUGUUUAGUAUGUGUCAAAUGAAAAGUUUACCUUUAAAUAGUCUUAUUCAGUACAUCUAUCCAGAUUUAUAUCCUAUACAUAAUUUAGAAGAACAGCCUAAAGUAAAUUAUGAGAAGUUAACAGAAGUUCCUCUUCCACCAGUCAUACAACUAUCUGCAGAACGAGUUGAGUCUAAUGGUGUUUAUUUAAUGGAUGACAGUGAAACAUUAACAAUAUUUAUUGGACAUAGAUGCUCAGAUCAACUUAUUCAAAAGUUAUUUGGUUAUGUGAAUUUCAAUUCAAUGCCAGAAUUAAUUACUUCACUUACAGAAGUGGAUUCCAAGCCAUCUUAUUUAUUACAUAGUUUUGUUUCUUAUCUACAAACUUUUAAACCCUAUUCAUUACCAAUAGAAAUAAUAAAGGAUAAUGGACCACAUAAAUUACGUUUUUAUAGUCGGUUGGUUGAAGAUAAAUUUGAGUCAUCCUUAUCAUAUUAUGAAUUUUUACAACGGCUCAGCCAACAAGUUAAGUAAUAGAAUAAUUAUUUUAAAAAAGUUGUCUGAUUUAAUUUACCUAAUAAAUAAUUAUUUUGUUCAA